AUGACUGUGAACAUCAGCUUUGUGUCCCAGGGGGGCAAGGCCACGGAGGCAGACCGCCAGGCACUGGCUCUCAGCAGCACCACCGACCUUCAUUCCCGCUUCUCUUCUCUCAGCGAGGACUUGUUCAACCGCUUCAAAUGUUUGUUCCUCCUGGCAACUGCCAUAAGUCCAGAGAAGCAUCCUGGGCUAAUUUCUCUCUCUCUUCCAGCACAAAUUGAAGUAAUCCCUUGCAAGAUUUGUGGGGAUAAGUCGUCUGGGAUCCACUACGGGGUUAUCACCUGUGAGGGGUGCAAGGGCUUCUUCCGCCGCAGCCAGCAGUGUAAUGUGGCCUACUCCUGCACUCGUCAGCAGAACUGCCCCAUCGACCGUACCAGCCGUAACCGAUGCCAGCAUUGCCGCCUGCAGAAGUGCCUGGCUCUGGGCAUGUCCCGAGAUGCUGUUAAGUUUGGCCGAAUGUCCAAGAAGCAGAGGGACAGUCUGCAUGCAGAAGUGCAGAAACAAUUGCAGCAGCAGCAGCAGCAGCAGCAGCAGCAACAGGAACAAGUGGCCAAGUCUCCUCCAGCAGGAAACCAUGGAGCAGAUACCCUUACAUAUACUUUGGGGCUCCCAGAUGGGCAGCUACCUCUGGGUGCCUCCCCUGACCUUCCUGAGGCCUCUGCUUGUCCCCCUGGCCUCCUGAGAGCUUCAGGCUCUGGGCCACCAUAUUCCAACAACUUGACCAAAGCAGAGGUCCAAGGAGCCUCCUGCCAUCUUGAAUAUAGCCCAGAUCGAGGCAAAGCUGAAGGCAGAGACAGCAUCUAUAGCCCAGGCAGACAGCUUUCUUCUGGAAGACGUGAACUUCAUUUUGAAGGAUCCAGGCAUCCUGAGCUUGAGGAACCAGAGCAGUGUCCAGACAGCCACUGCAGUCCCAGUUUCUGCAGUGCCCCAGAAGCACCGUAUGCCUCUCUGACAGACAUAGAGUACCUGGUACAGAAUGUCUGCAAGUCCUACCGAGAGACAUGCCAGCUGCAAGUGGAGGACCUGCUACGGCAGCGCACCAACCUCUUCUCCAGGGAGGAGGUGACCAGCUACCAGAGGAAGUCGAUGUGGGAAAUGUGGGAACGCUGUGCCCACCACCUCACUGAGGCCAUUCAGUAUGUGGUGGAGUUUGCCAAGCGGCUCUCGGGCUUCAUGGAGCUCUGCCAGAAUGACCAGAUCAUACUCCUGAAAGCAGGAGCAAUGGAAGUUGUGCUUGUCAGGAUGUGCCGAGCCUACAACCCUGACAACCAUACAGUCUUUUUUGAAGGCAAAUAUGGUGGCGUGGAGCUGUUCCGAGCCUUGGGCUGCAGCGAGCUCAUCAGCUCCAUAUUCGACUUUUCCCACUUUCUCAGUGCCUUGCGUUUUUCUGAGGAUGAGAUUGCCCUCUACACGGCCCUGGUUCUCAUCAAUGCCAACAGGCCUGGGCUCCAAGAGAAAAGGAGAGUGGAGCAUCUGCAAUACAAUUUGGAGCUGGCCUUCCAUCAUCAUCUCUGCAAGACUCAUCGCCAAGGCCUCCUAGCCAAGCUGCCACCCAAAGGUAAACUCCGGAGCCUGUGCAGCCAACAUGUGGAAAAGCUGCAGAUCUUCCAGCACCUCCAUCCCAUCGUGGUUCAAGCUGCCUUCCCUCCACUAUAUAAGGAACUGUUCAGCACUGACGCCGAGUCCCCUGAGGGGCUAACCAAGUGACCUAGAGGAAAAGACAACUUUCUAGUUCCUUCAGCCUGAUUGCCAGCUGUCUCCCUGGACUCCAUUCCCUCAGCCUUCCCUUUCCUGUGCUCUAUGGAGGGUGGUCUCCCUAGGAGUAAGCAAAUGCUAAGACUGGUUUUUCUGCCCCAAGGCUUGCCUGGCAGAACAACAGUAUCAGGCGAUGAAGAAAAGGCUUGUUAUGUUUGAUUUCCCAUAAAUUCCACCCUGGCUUCUGGAAGGUGUGGGGUAGAUGGGAUAUAAAGGACUGUAGGCGACCAAGUCAAACUAAAAACAAACAAAACAACAGGGGGAUAAAGUCAAACUAAACAAAAC